AUGCCUCCAAAGCGCAGUGCGCGCAGUGCGAAAGCACCUCCGAAACCGCGGGCCGUAGGGCCGAAGACCAGAGCGGACAAGGCCAAGGACGAGUCGUCCGCGCCGAUGGAGGCCACGAAGGCGGCCGAGGAGGAGGUGCGCUCUCGUAGCAGCACGCCGGAGAGUGGCUGUCAGGCCGGGGCUUGGAGCAAGUCUCCUGACGCCGCGCAAGGCAAGGAGGAGAGUCCUCGGGGCCAUAAAAGCCCGGCUCGCGACUGGGAAGCCGCCGUCUUUGACUGCACGAUGGUCCAGUACUCCGGUGAGAGUUCACCCGACGACGAGAACGUCUCGGAGAGCAGCACGCACGCUGCCGAAGGCACGGAGCUGGCGGCAGGCGACAAGACCAACGCCUCGGCCGACGCAAAGGCCUCGUCAGAGAAGGAGGCGGAGGACGCCGAGUCCGGCUCAGGCGACAGCAAGCAGUCGCACGACGAAGUCGCCAUGGCCGACGCUGGGGUCGUGGCAGAGAAGUCGCCGAGCGACGCGGGCUCCAAGCCCAAGGAGGUGCUGGCAUCCAAGCAUCUGACGCUGGCACAAGGUCGUGAGCGUGCCCAAGCGUCGAAAGCGGCUGCCGCUGCGAAAGCCGCCGAGGCCAAGGCGAAGAAGCGUUCAGCUUCCAGGUCGCCUCGCGGCUCCAGCUCCAAGCUGUUCAUCGACUCGGAGUCUGAGGACGAGGAGCAGCAGCAAUACCACGCUGCUAGCUCGGGUGCGUAUGCCAGGCAGCCGACUGCCACGACUGCCAUCGAGUCUUCUUCAGGCGGGGAUGCCACGUACCCGCAGGGCUACUUCCUGCCCGAGCCUGGCACUGGUGCGCCAGCGCUGUUGGAGAAGCUCUCGGCUCCUCGUGGCCUUAUCGGCGGGUACACCUCGAGGGGUUCCUAUGAGCGUGCUCUUGUUGAGAAAGAGCCACUCUUUCUUGGCGACGUUGAAGUCGCCCGGUGUGUGCUACUAGCACCACACAAGCUCACACUGAAGGAGUUCACCACGCUUCGCAAGAAGCCGGAGGACAAGGGUGGACUCCAUCCUGUGUGGGGUUUCCACUGGGUCAAGCCGAAUGACAACAUGACCUGGAGCGUGCGCAAAGGGUAUUCCGACCAAGAGUUCAAAGAACUCCGUGAGGAUCGCACUCUGUCCGCAAUCCUGGACGUGCGCGAGCUCCGCAUCGAGUUCGCUCAACUCGUGAGCAAGCGCAAGCUCCACUCGAAGAUGGACGAGCUGAAGCAAGAGGCGAGAGCCAAAGCUCGUGAAGAGCGUGGGCGUGGUGCGACUACGUCUGCUACCGUGCCCCGGCUGCUCAACGGGCUCCCACGAGUUAUCCGACUCAGGGUAACCCCUCCACUUCACGAGCAGCUGGCGCUUGCCAUGGAGCCACCGCUCCCGGACGACUCGUUCCACGUGGUAGUGGAUCUGCCCAUUACGAUCAAGGAGGCCUCGCACGGCCAUGGCUACGAGCCUGAGGCGACGCAGCCGUAUGCUGGAGCCUCGAGUCAGGUGGUGGCCCUGCAGCAAGAGGAGAUUCGGCUUCUCCGGGACCAUGUGUACGUCCUCGAGAUCGCGCUUGGCGUCGGCCUUGGUGGCGAGGCUGCCGCUCGUGCUGGUCAGCCUGGUGCCGUGGAGCGGCUCCGUGAGGAUGUUGCCUCGCUCUAUCAGGGAGCUGCGCUCUUCUCCACCGGGCCACCCACCGCUUCCUGCGGGGCAGCCAGAGCCAGAGGGUCAUGGUACCUCUUAAGACGACCCACGUAA